UUUGACUUUUGAACUCUCUGAUUGUACAAACCUUGCUCGUUCACAAUGACGCUAUCUCGCCACGUAAGUCGACGUCUUAAUCCCAUUCAUACAGCAGCUGCCGUAGUUGACAAGACCAAAAAAAAUGCAGGUCGAUCCCGAUGAGCUCAUCAAAGCUCUGCGAGAUGGCUCGAAUAACAGUCUCAAGACGAACAUUCACACUGAAAAUGCCGUUGCGAGUUCGACACCUUAUACGACGCGCUACUCUAGCAAGGAACCUAUCCCCAAAUUUCGUAUACCUACAGAAGGCGCGCCUGCAGAAGUUGCAGCGCAAUUACUUCGCGAUGAAUUGGAUUUAGAUGGGCGUCCUAAUUUGAAUCUGGCUAGGUAUGUACGCCCUUCUUGACACGAAGAGCUCGAAGGAGGUUGACGGUAGAAGCUUCGUUGGAACGUAUAUGGAACGACAGGCAAACGCACUAAUGGCCGAAAACCUCGCCAAAAACCUGGCAGACGCUGAUGAAUAUCCUGCGCUCAUGCUCAUGCAUGCGCGAUGCGUUUCUAUAAUCGCCAAUCUCUGGGGAGCGAAAUCCAACGAAAAAGCAAUUGGGUCUGCUACCGUGGGGUCCUCUGAAGCGAUCAUGCUUGGUGGUAAAGCUAUGCAGCGUCGAUGGCAAGAAAAGCGAAAGGCCGCCGGCAAGGAUAUCUCUAAGCCCAACAUUCUCAUGGGUGCCAAUGCACAGGUAGCCUUGGAAAAAUUUGCUCGCUACUUCGAUGUGGAGGCACGUAUUUUGAACGUUUCGGAGAAGAGCAACUUUGCUCUUGAUCCGGAAGAGGUUCGCAAAAAUAUUGAUGAGAAUACUAUCGGUGUCUUUGUGAUCCUUGGAUCCACUUACACUGGUCACUAUGAGCCUGUGGAAGAGAUUUCGAAGGUGUUGGACGAGUAUGAAGCGAAAACUGGUCAUGACAUUCCAAUUCACGUCGAUGGAGCGAGUGGCGGGUUCAUUGCACCCUUCACGUACGCAGGUGGUGGUCAAAAAUGGAACUUCGAACUCCCUCGAGUCAAGUCUAUCAAUACUUCUGGUCACAAGUUUGGGCUUGUGUACGCUGGCCUAGGUUGGAUCAUCUGGCGCGAUCAGUCAUACCUUCCCAAGGACCUUAUCUUUGAGUUGCACUAUCUGGGGGGCACCGAAGAGUCUUAUACCCUCAACUUCUCCAGACCCGGAGCACAGGUUAUCGGGCAGUACUAUAAUCUCAUUCAUCUCGGGUUCAACGGAUAUCGCGACAUUAUGGAAAACUGUCUCGCAAACGCACGUCUGCUCAGCAAAGCUUUGGAAAAGACAGGCUGGUUCACGUGCGUCAGCAGCAUCCAUCACAAGAGAACUCUAAAGUCGGCCAAGGACACGGUGCUUGGUGAAGGAGGCGAAACCUCUGCCGACUACGUACCCGGACUACCUGUCGUAGCUUUUCGAUUCUCGGAUCAGUUCCAGAAAGAUUACCCUCACGUGAAGCAGGAGAGCGUCAGUAUCUUACUGCGAGCAAAGCAGUACAUUAUCCCUAAUUAUCCACUUCCCCCGACAGCCAACAAGAUCGAGAUCUUGCGUGUGGUGGUUCGAGAGAGCAUGACUGCCGAUCUUCUUGAACGCCUGAUUGCUGACAUCGUUGCUGUAACCGAGAAGUUGGUUGAUUCAGACCCAGUCGACCUCUCCAGACUCCAGACUCAUCCCGAUCGAACUCGCCUCGAGCGGAAACGUCAUCACUUCAAAGAGCUCGGACAACAGACCAUCGAUCGGCCACAUAGCGGAAUGGCGAGAAUGGGCGAGGGGGUACACAAGACUGUGUGUUGAUUCUUCUCAUGGUUUCAUCCCGUCUUAAUGUGACUGCCUUGGGGCCUGGGCUUGUCCUCUGCUACCUUCUGUUCUUCAGCUGUGGUGUGUUAGCCAAUUGAUUCAUAUCUCUUUUAGUGUUCAAUAAAAGUAUAAUGUCAUACAUCACCGCAUUUGUUCUGAAUGAUU